GGCGCCGGGCAUAAGCCCUAACUCUGGGAUCUAGGUCUUGAUUGAUGGAGCGCUGUCGAGCUCGUCUCGCGCGGAGCCGCUCGCCGCUACUGCGAUGGUAUUCCGCGGCCUCCAGGGAUCCCUCUCAGCAGCGCCUGUGCUUGCUCCACCUGAGGAGCUACCUCCACACGGAGUGUGUAGAUUCUCCGUUGCAUUUGCGGCGAUCGCAAGUAUGGAACAGGAAAGUGGUGUUGUUGGAUCGACUGGAAUCGGAGUUCCAGAAAAUCCCGAGACGGGGAUUUGCUGCUGGGGGGGAAGGUGAUAUCAUCGUCCCUUCAAUGGGAGAGUCGAUCUCAGAUGGGAGCUUGGCUUCUUUUUCUAAGCAGGUUGGGGAUGCUGUUAACGUUGACGAUGUGAUUGCACAGAUAGAGAGCGAAAAGGUGACUAUCGAUGUUCGCAGUCCUGUUGCUGGCACUUUGAAAGAGAUCGUUGUCAAAGUCGGCACGACAGUGAAGCCGGGCGAUAAGAUUGCCUUUGUUGCGAAAGGGGAUACUUCUGGUAAAUCUUCCGCUCCACCGCCGCCACCACCAAAGUUUGAAGAAAAGCCGUCGCCGCCUCCCAAAGAGGCAACAGCAAAGUCAGCUCCACCUCCUCCGCAACCGCCGCCGCCGCCGCCGCCACCGUCCUCACCGCCGCUGCCUUCAACAGAACCACAACUACCUCCCAAAGAAAGGGAGCGACGAGUUCCCAUGACGCGCAUCAGGAAAAGAAUUGCCACUCGUCUAAAAGAUGCUCAAAACACCUUGGCGUUGCUCACGACUUUCAACGAAGUUGACAUGACAAAUGCAAUGGCUUUGCGUGCAAAGUACAAGGACGAGUUUCAAGAAAAACAUGGAGCAAAGCUUGGGUUCAUGUCGGUGUUUGUCAAGGCUGCUGUUAGCGCUUUGCAGGCGCAGCCCGUUGUAAACGCUGUGAUCGACGGAGAUGACAUCAUUUACAGAGACUACGUCGACAUCAGCAUUGCUGUUGGAACUCCAAAGGGCCUGGUGGUGCCCGUGGUCAGGGGUUGUGAGAAGAUGAACUUUGCAGAUGUGGAGAAAACAAUUGCCAAGCUCGCGAAGAAAGCAAACGACGGAACCAUUACUAUCGAUGAUAUGGCCGGCGGGAGCUUUACCAUCUCCAACGGUGGAGUAUACGGCAGUUUGAUCAGCACACCCAUUGUCAAUCCUCCUCAGUCUGCUAUUCUCGGAAUGCAUUCCAUCCAGAAGCGUCCCGUGGUGAUUGGCAACGAAAUAGUCAUCCGACCGAUGAUGUACAUUGCUUUGACAUACGAUCACAGGCUGAUCGACGGCAGAGAGGCGGUUCUUUUCUUGCGGCAAGUCAAGGACGUGGUUGAAGACCCAGCUCGUUUGGUUCUGGACCUCUAAAACGAUCUGGUACGCGGCUUUGAUUUUUAUCUAAAUUUUUGGAUCCGUAAAUUUCACUCGCAAUAAAACUUAACCCAGUAGUGUUGUGUUUUUCCAGUU